UCAUAAAUGGGGUUAUGGAAAAUUAGAUGCGUACAGAAUAGUACAAAAUGCUAAAACUCAUAAGAAUCUUGGAAGUCAAGUAUACAUAGAAAUGCCUAUUAUUAUUGUCAAUGAACCAAUACCAUUUACUGAUACUGGAGUUAUAAGUAGAAUAAAUGUGACUCAGAAAGAUUUGGAUAAUGCUAAUUUUGCUCAUCUGGAACACAUCACUGUCACCAUUAAUAUUGAUCAUACUCGUAGAGGUGAUAUUGAAGUCGACUUAAUAAGUCCCUAUGGUACCGUGUCUCAUCUUGGUGCUACGAGGCGAUAUGAUGAACAUAAGGGAGGUCUUACCAAUUGGACUUUCAUGAGUGUAAUACAUUGGGAUGAGUCACCGAUAGGUGAAUGGGUUAUACAAGUGAGGGAUAGACAAAAUCCUGAACAUACUGGAACUUUUAAUGAUUGGAUGCUUAAACUUUGGGGUGAAGCAAGUACAAUUGUUACAUCGCCAAGUUUACCAUCCUCACCACCUCCUGUAGUAGGAUCUCCUACUUCAACCCCUGUAUUACCGGCUCUGCCAACACAAUCAGGUACUACGUCUGAAUCAAGGUCAAGUACUUGGAUCUUUGCAAUAUUUGGAAUGGGUGCGGCUUUCAUAUUUGCGGUAAUUGCAUAUUUCGCAAAAAGACGCUUCUGGGAUAAUAAGCGUGGACUAAGUUUCUUUACGCGAGAACCGUAUUCUCCAUUGCAAAUGGGUGACGCCACAAGUGGUGCUGACGUUUCUAUACCAUUAAAUAAACAAUUUAUGACAUCCAGAGAAUUAUUUGACGCAUUCGGUGACAGUUCUGGGGAUGAGGAUGAUGAAAGUACUAAAGUUGUAUUUGAAAAUGCGUAUAUGGAUGAAUAUAUAAAUGACGAUGAGAAGAAAGUUGAUAAUGAAGUUGACGAUGAGAAGAAAGUUGAUAAUGAAGUAGAAUAUAUAAAUGACGAUGAGAAGAAA